UCCUACUAGUAUAUAUACCCGGAACAGAGGUUGUCAUCGGCAUCGUUCUCUUUGUCUCAGAGAAGCAACAUCUCCAGGCGGAACUAGGCGGAAGGAAAAAGAUGCGUUUCAUCGUUUACAUCGCUGUCCUCGUGCUCACGGCUGCUGUCGCCCUUGCUGGCUACCACGGUCACGGAGGCUACGGAGGCUACGGCGGACACGGUGGUGGCCACGGUCACGGAGGCUACGGAGGUUACGGCGGACACGGCGGUGGCCACGGCGGAUACGGAGGCCAUGGAGGGUACGGAGGCCAUGGACACGGAGGAUACGGCGGCUACGGGAGGCGGUGAUUGAUGCCCGGACCACGAUUCGUAGACCGGGCCUCUUGAGUGCAAUGUUACAAUAAAUUAUUACCUGCGUAUCAGGUGACAGGA